AUGUCGGGAUUUGUGGGUAGUACCUUAUCGCUAGCUCGGCAAUUGGUGACUCCGCGACGGGCGUCUUCGUGGAUGCUCUUCGCCGGUGUGUGCGGAUCGACCGCGCCAGUCGCCACGGUUCUUUGCGAAGCACCCAAAGAAAACUUGUUGCCGAAAGACAAGAACGGUAACGUGGAAUGGUCCAGAAUUCCAUCCCACUUGACAGAUUCCGCCUUUUGGGAUACCUUGGCCAAGUCCACGGGAAGUUCGAUUCAAGAUGCCAUUGAUUCCGGUGUUCCGACACAACUUUCGUAUGGUUUUGUUUCCGGCUACUGUUCCGGUAUGGCGUUGAAAAAGGUGGGACGGGCUGCCGCUGUCGUGCUGGGUUUGGGUUUCGUGACACUCCAGACCUUGUCGUACCAAGGGUACAUCCAGGUGGAUCACGUAAAAAUGAAAAAGCAAGUCCUAGACUUUUUUGAUUUCAACGAGGACGGCAAGAUCGACGGCAAAGAUCGAUCCGUCGCCACCCAAAAGGUCAUGGAAGUCUUGCAAUUUAAUCUACCCGCUGGUGGUGGAUUCGGUGCCGGAUUUAUUGGUGGCUUGCGCUCGGGAUGAGUAGGAAUACGCCACCACCCGCGCGGACCAAUUCGGGUCCAGCGUUUGCGUGUGCCACUCCAACGUAAGGCGCGAAAGAAUAAACUGCAUAGAAAAUCGUUGCAUAGUAAA